GACUACUACAAGGCCAUCCUCGUUGAGAUGACAGAUGGUCCCGUGUCUUUCAACAUCACCGAUGGCCACAGGGUGCCCCGUCGUGGGGCCGGUGGCGGGCCCUAUUAUGGGGGCGGUGGCGGUGGGGGGCCAGGGGCCCCAGUGGAUGCACCCCCUGGCGAGUUCCCCUUGUCCAAUGUGCUCAGGCUGCGGGGCCUGCCCUUCAGCGUGCAGCGCGAGGACAUCGUCAAUUGGUUCAACGAUGGCACAUUGAACAUCGCUCAAAUCCGUCCGGAGAG